AUGGCACUGCCCGACCUGCCACCAAACUACCUCAAGGCUCUCGAGCUGAUUGACGAGGCCCACAAGCAAGACCCCAGACCCUCGACCGCCGCCGCCGAUAUCACUUUUGAGCUUCACUAUGCCCACAAAAUGACGCGCUGGCUGGCGGUGCGAUGUCCCACGGCGCCCCCCGUGCUGCAGCUGGCCUGCCGAGCCCAGCAUUUCCGGAGAUGGGAGAUCCCCCGCAACACAUACCCAAUGACGCGCCCGGGCUACCUCACCUGGCGCGCCAAGCUGAAGUCCCAGGCCGCGACGCAGGUGGCCGAGCUGUUGUCAUCGUCCGCGGAGAUCCAGCCGCCGCUGCCCGCCGAGGACGUCGACCGCGUGGCGGCGCUGAUCCGCAAGGAGAACCUGAGCAAGGACGAGGAGACGCAGGUCCUCGAGGACGUCGCCUGUCUGGUCUUCCUCGACGACCAAUUUGACGACUUCGAGAGCAAGGAGGAGAUUGACGAGGCCAAGAUCAUUGGCAUCCUGCAAAAGACGUGGGCCAAGAUGAGCGAGCCCGGCCGCCAGAUCGCGCUCAAGAUGAACCACAGCGAGAGAGCGAUGAAAAAUGUUCCUACCUUCACGUCAACAACUACACGUCUCACCAUGCCGCCGACGCUGACACCAGCCGAGAUAUCCAAGCACAACACCCUCAACGACAUCUGGCUCGUCAUCGACGGCAACGUGUGGGACUUUUCCGACUUCGUCCGCGAACACCCCGGCGGCAUCGCCGUGAUCCUACAGUGCGCCGGCAAAGACGCGACGGACGUCUACUCCGAAGUCCACGGGCCCAACCUCGUGAAGUCGACCCUGCCCGCCGCCCACCUCAAAGGCGUCCUCGCCUCGGGCGCAGCCAUGCCCAAACCGAAGCAGACCCAGCACGCCCAGCCGGUCAACAUCUCCCCCAACGAUGAGAGGCAAGACGGGCAAAGAGCACCACCACCGCCGCCACCCUCAAAACCACCACUGGACACCCUCAUCAGCGCCCACGACUUCGAACAGGCCGCCUCGACGUCCUUCUCCCCGAAAGCCUGGGCCUUCGUCUCCUCCGCCGCGACAGACCUGCACACCAAACGCCUCAACGCCUCCGCCUACUCCCUCAUCGGCCUGCGGCCCCGCGUGCUCGUCGACGUGUCCGCCGUAGACACCUCCACCACGAUGCUCGCCAACCCCAUGCGCUCCCCCAUCUUCUGCCCGCCCACCGCCAUGGCCCGCCUCUUCCACCCGGACGGCGAGAAGGAGCUCGGCCGCGGCUGCAAGGCCGCCGGCAUCCCCCAGGGCGUCUCCGUCAGCGCCUCCUUCCCCCUCGCCGAGAUCCUCGCCGCGCACGCCGCCUUCUCCCCGCCGAAGCCCUACGACGUCCCCGUCUUCUUCCAGCUCUACGUCGACAAGAACCGCGCCAACUCGGAGCGCCUCAUCCGCUCCGCCCAGGCCCAGGGCGCAAAGGCCCUCUUCCUGACCGUCGACGCCCCCAUCCCCGGCAAGCGCGAGGCCGACGAGCGCGUGCGCUCCGACGCCUCCAUCGGCUCGUCUCCCAUCUCGGGCGCCAAGGCCGGCAACGACGCCAAGGGUGGCGCCAUCGGGCGCAUCAUGGGCGACUACAUCGACGCGUCCGUGAACUGGUCCGACAUCGCCUGGCUGCGGCGCACCGUGCCCGGCAUGCCCAUCGUGCUCAAGGGCAUCCAGACGUGGAUGGACGCCGAGCGCGCGGCCGCCGCGGGCGUGGAGGCCAUCGUGCUCUCGAACCACGGCGGCCGCAGCCUCGACACCUCGCCCGCGACCGUCAUGGUCCUGCUCGAGCUGCAGAAGAACUGCCCGCACGUGUUCGAUAAGCUCGAGGUGUACGUUGACGGGGGCAUCUCGCGCGGCACCGACAUCUUCAAGGCGUUGUGCCUCGGGGCCAAGGCCGUCGGCGUCGGAAGGGGGUUGCUGUAUGCGCUCAACUACGGCGCGGAGGGCGUUGAGCGAUACGUCGAGAUACUUCGAGACGAGUUGGAGACGACGAUGAAAAUGUGCGGCGUCACGAGCCUGGACCAGGUUCAUCCGGGCUUCCUCAACACGCUGGCCGUAGACCAAUUCGUUCCGGGUCGGGAGGACAAUCCAAAUACCCCAUGGCGCAGGGACAGACAGAGCCGAUUGUAG